AUGGACAUCAUUGUAUGCAUACCUUUGGGGGAUCCAUCGGCCGUAUGGGGGGCGGACCCGAAGACCAAAGUUCGCCAGAGGAGCAAUUACUCCAACCUCUGGAACACGUUGAUCAAGAUAAUGACGAGGAGCAAGUCACGGGCGACGGUGAGGAAGUCCCACGUACUCAAGAAAUCGUUGGAGGUGAAGGAAAGUAAAGAGAAAAACUCGAGCUUCUUUGAGAGCUACGUUGGCGUGCCUGUGCUCGACGAACAGCUUGAGGAAGUCGAACAGAAAGAAAACAGCGAGGCCAUCUUGACGCAGAUUCUAGCAAAAAUCGUCACUUUGACAAGCUCGCUCUUUCUUGGCAGCACUGCUAUCAAGAGAAGUCUCAGUUAUGGGGGUGAUAUCGUUGAGGUCCCUUGGGCUUCGGCCCAAGGACUUGGAGGGCACGAUCCGGGAAAACUAGAAAGAGACCUCAACGAUAUAUUGUCGAUGUCGAACCCAUCCCCCGUUGCACUGGGCAUAGCCAUGCUGGCCUACGGUGCAGGAACCUUCCAGGCACCUCAGCUUCGCAUCUUCAUCAUCCAACCUCACAACAACCACCGCCUCCGAGAUGACAACACCCGCCCCCUUCCCGUUCCCGCGGGAAUACUCCUUUCCCCCCUUCUUCACCCGCCAAACANACCCGCCCCCUUCCCGUUCCCGCGGGAAUACUCCUUUCCCCCCUUCUUCACCCGCCAAACAAACCUCACAACCCACCACGCGCAACUCGUCAAAUGGUCCGACCUGAUCCUCGCCUACUGCCGCCACAACCGCAUCUUCAAGCUCUCCCUCAACGCUGCCAUCCCCUCCGCGCCGACCGCCGCCCUCCCGCACGCACUGCCCAGCACAUCCGCCCCGUCCAUCGCAAUCACCGACCCGACCCUCGGCGGCACCUCCGCCUCGUCGUCGGGCGCCGCCGGCCCGGAGGAGCUCUUCCACAACAAGACGCUGAACAAGCGCCUCUCGCUGGCCGACGCGCGCGAGGUCCUCGAGUUCAUGAAGAAGGACGGCCGCGCGGAGCAGCUGCCCGCUUCGCCGGACGUUUUCUGGGUGUACUGGCGCACGCCGGACGAGUGGGCCGCGGCGAUCGAGGCGUGGAUCGACGAGACGGCGCAGAAGGGGGUUGUGUUGACGCUGUACGAGCUCACGGAGGGCGAGGGCACGAGGGGGACUGAUUUCCACGGCCUCGAUUCCGAUUUACUGCAAAAAGCGCUGCAGGUCCUGGUCAAGCGAGGCAAGGCGCAAAUCUUUGGACAGGAGGAUUCGCAGGGUGUCAAGUUCUUCUGA